AUGGCAAACCAGCCCCUCCCAUCUCGCCAAUGGCUCAUUCUGGGUUCCCUGAGGCCAGUAGCCCCACCCCCAGCGCCCGAGGCUCAGCCUCAGGCUCAACCUCAACCUCAACCUCCUGUCCCUCGUCCUAUUUUUCGACCUACAUUUGGUCAAGCACUUAAGUCUUCAACCCAGCCUCAACAGCUGCCACCACAACCACAGACUGCUGCUACUGCAGCGCCACCUUUCCAGGUUGGAAAUGUUUCAUCGGUUCCAUCUUAUGCGAGUCAGAAAACCACACCUCCCUCUGAGAAAAUCAAACCACCUUCUCCUCCCCCAUCUGCCCUAACUCUGCCUUCUGCCCACGUAAAAUCCACUCCUGAGCCGAUUGAGCAGAAGACCAUGCUCAUCGAAAAGCCCAACCCACCAUUCAAGCCAUCCAAUGGUGGACUGCAAAAGGAUGUGGGUGACACUGCGAAGCCAAGCAGUGUCCCUGACUACGAGAAGCUUGAGAAGACCAAGGACAUGGAGAGCAAAGACCACAAAGGUAAUCACAAGAAAGCACACUCUAGGGAUAACGGCAUGAAGAUCAUAACAAUUUCAGGGAACAACAAGGGAGCUAUAAUGAAGCUCAACCCCGCCAGCAAGAAACACGACCCCCAAGGCAACUCCAACACAAUGGCGACCCCAUCACCACUCGUGCAUGUAUUUAUGAACAGCAAUGUUCAAGCCGUUAACAACUCCAUGCUUGUCAACACCUCUUGCACCAGCCACGAUCCUGUUGUCCAUGUUUUCUUCUCUCGUGGUGGUGGCCGUGGACUACAUCCCAAGGACAUUGGAGAGGAGCAGAAUAACUAG